CAUGAUGCGCGCUCAUUUACAGCAUCCUCCUCUCUCCCGCCCUGUAUAGGCUAAGGUGGACUCGUUGAGGCGUUUCUCAGAAUAUACUUGAUCACCUGACGACAUCUACCUGCCAUCGGUUUAUUAAGCACAGAAGAUGAUGAUAGAGGAGGAUGAAGCAGAGGCUCAUCAGGUGGAUAUGGAGUCGGAUUUGGGCAGCGCGGCUCGCUCCUGCAGCUGGACGAAUGACUUCUCGUGUGAUGUCGUGAACGCGGAUCUGUCGCUCAAUCUCUCCAUUUUCCAAGUGGAUUCGGAUCGUGCUCCUUCGCCGUCGUGCAGGAGGAGGAUGAUGGUGCUGGAUGCCGGGGGAUUUCACGACUUGACCGGAGCCGCGCUGCGCAAAACCAAGGCGUCCUCCCGGCGGAACGCGUGGGGGAACCAGUCGUACGCGGAGCUCAUCACCCGGGCCAUCGAGAGCACACCCGACAAAAGGCUCACCCUGUCUCAGAUCUACGACUGGAUGGUCCGAUAUGUGCCCUAUUUCAAAGAUAAAGGAGACAGCAACAGCUCUGCCGGAUGGAAGAACUCCAUCCGACACAAUCUGUCCCUGCACACGCGUUUCAUCCGUGUGCAGAAUGAGGGAACUGGCAAGAGCUCCUGGUGGAUGCUGAAUCCUGAUGGGGGAAAGCUGGGAAAAUCUCAACGCCGUCGAGCUGUCUCCAUGGACAAUGGCACCAAGCCACUGAAGAGCAAAGGUCGAACCAAUCGUAAGAAGACAACUGGGAAAAGAGAGCAGAGUACAGAGACACUGCUGGAGUUAUGUAGCUCUCCAGACUCUGGAACAGGUAGAGUCGUGGUUAAGGAUGAGUUUGAGACAUGGACAGAUCUUCAUUCACUUGGCAGCUCUUCCGCUUCGACACUUAGUGGUCAUCUAUCACCCAUCCUAGGAGAGGGGGAAUUGGGAGAGCCUGAAGAACGGAGGAAAUCCUGCUCAGCAUCUCCACGGCUCUUUCCUAGCCCAUCCAGUGCCCACUCCCCUGCAUCCCACUGUCCUACAGAUCUCAGAGCAACUAUUGGCUACCAGCAGCAUCAAUCCCCUUGUCAUAAAAACCCCCAUUACCACUACGCCAGUGACAUAAAGAGCCAAGGCUCCAGUUGCGAGACUCGGCCAGUUUAUGGCCUGCCAGAUGCAGGCAUGCACCAUUCCUCCAUACCAACUACUGAAGACAACUCGGGUAGUAUGCAAGGUGCAAGCACCAUCCAGAAUUUGUUAACCACAGGACCCCAGCAGUACGUCAAGGAAAUGAUGCUUGGGAAAGAGAAUGAGGUGCACUCCAUGAUGGUCGCUCAAGGUCUCCAUCCCAGUAAUGCAAACACUUCCUCCAAACCUUUUCACAAUAUCAUUCAAAGCUUGAAUCAAGACCAUCGGCCUACAUCGGUCCACUCUCAGCCCACUGACAGACACAUGCAGUCAUACAUGCAUAAAUCCCCUUAUCUAUACAGCCCUCCUGUAACAGUGCAUCUCCCAGCCUCCACCACGCUCAACCCUGCAGGAAUACAGGGAAUCUCUCAAGACACUUGCCACCUUGCCACAGCCCCAUAUCAACAACCACAUUCCUACAUUUACACUGAUCCACAUGAACACAGUUUGGCAUACGGACUCUACCGCCAGCCUCAGGGGACAGGGACAGGUUACCACAACUACCACCACCCCCAUCAGCUCUACCCACAUGAGCGCCUUCCAGCAGACCUGGAUAUGGAUGUAUUCUACAGCAGCCUGGACUGCGACAUGGAGUCUAUACUCCUACAUGAUAUUAUGGACUCUGGAGAGGAAAUCGAUUUCAAUUUUGAUUCCUCACUGACACAAGGAAUGGGUGUGGGAUUUGGAUUUACAGGCACACCGCAGAGCCACGGCAAACAGAGCUGGGUGCCUACAUAAAUGUCUCUAAAUCUUCACUUUAUCUUCCUGAAAACAUGACUACCUACAUGCCAGCCAGCAGUGGAGUCACAACACUCCACCACAAUUCAGGGUGAAUACACUGUGCUGACACUGAAAUCAAAUCAAGAUGGGAAUCUCUUUAGAUUUAUGUUGUCUGUUUGUUCCUGCUUGUAUAUCCAUGUUCUGUGUUGUGUCAGUGUAUUGAAAAAUGAUGACGUCUCUUCACAUUCUGCUGUGUGUGAACUGCCUUUGGUCUACUGAGUGAGCCAAGAUGACAAUCUAAGCUAGGAUUACACAACAUUGUUUUAUUCUUCAGUCAAAAACACUAAGACACUACAUACAUUGGACACAUUUAUAUUCAUAUUUCAUCUUCACAUGGUAGGAGUGCACAGGACACUAUGGUAGCAAAAAGUUGGAACUCAAGUAAAAUGUUGAGUUUUGUGAUUGUCUUGAAACUUAUGAACUUUUCAUGAACAGUUCAAUUUGCAUUGUAACACGGGCCAGUGUUUCCCAACCCUGUUCCU